AUAAUAUGAUCUACACCAAACACCAUCUACACAUCUACAGUACAGAUACAGAGUGAAUUGACGGAAGACGGGAUUGACAAAAUAAUAAUAUUGAUAGAAGUGUUAAUAAAAAAAUCCUCAUUUUAGUGCAAUUCAAGCAAUUUUGUGACGCCGUAUCUAUACAAUGUUUUCAUUUUUCAAAAGCAAAAAGCCCAGUCCUGAUCAUUCCAUGGCGGAACCGAUCCCUGGGCCCGUGCCACCAGCCCCAAAGGAAGACGAUUUCAUUAUUGUGGAACAUAAAGGAUCUCCGUCCAGCUCGGCUGAUUCACCAUCGCGAGGUAUUUACCCAAGUAUACCGCUUCCGCCUGGCGUGACCGCCAACACUGUGCCAGGGGCUGCUAUCUCAGCUACACGUCAGCAAAGUGAGGAGAAAACAAGCCAUAUCCUGUACGGGGUGCCAUUCAAGCUAUCCGCCGAGCUCGCCAAGGACAACAACCUUGAAAUCACACAGUAUCAGGUGAACGAGAUACUUGCAUUCGUCAAUAAGGUGGCCGUUUCGCAGCUGGACUAUGAUUUCAGUCUGGAAAGAAGCGUACUAUCAGAAGCCUAAUGUUUACUGUUUGCUGCUAAAUGUGAUAGUUCAAGUGGUGUUAUGUUUCUGAGAAGUAUAUUUUAAUAAAACACUAAGUAAGCUUG